UGUGAUCCUCGCCCCCUGGGGACCUGGGCGCCGCGGGAGCUCCCCACCCCCCUCCCUUGCAAGCCCUGCGCAAUUCCCCCCAGCGGCGCAAGCCCGCCCGGGGGCGGGGCGGAGCCAGGGCUGUGGGUGCCCAACCGACCCGGCGGCUGCGCUCGCGACUCCGCAGCUCAAGCGCAUUUGGUGGGGCGGUCGGGCAAGGGAGCGCGCACGGAGCGCGGGACUGAGCGCCUGGCGGACGGACCGACGGACGGACGCCCCCGCACACGCAGACGCACAGAGCUCGGCGCGGCCCCCGUCACACACACAAUCGCGCAGAGACACACACAGGGACACACGCAGACACACGCACACUCGCGCGCGUACAUCCUCCCGCCAGCCUGCCUGCCCGCUCGCCGGCGCCCGGAGCCCGCUCUGGCCGGAGUGAGAGAGAGAGCCUCGCCGCUGAUGACUCCGAGGGAGGGGCCCUGGACAUGUGCUGCAGUGAGAGGCUGCCGGGUCUCCCCCAGCCGGUAGUGAUGGAGGCGCUGGACGAGGCCAAAGGGCUCCCCAGUGUGCAGAGAGAGAUGCCACCGCCCCCACCACCCUCAGAGCCAGCUCAGAAACCACCACCUCAAGGCACCGGGAGCCACUCCCUCACUGUCAGGAGCAGCCUGUGCCUGUUCGCUGCCUCACAGUUCCUGCUUGCCUGUGGGGUGCUCUGGUUCAGCGGCUACGGCCACAUCUGGUUGCAGAAUGCCACAGAUCUCAUCCUCUCCUCGCUCACAAUCCUGAAACAGCUGGGACCCACGGCCUGGCUGGGCGCAGGGACCUCGGGAGUCCCCAGUCUGCUGCUGGUCUCCCUGUCCGUGGGCCUGGUCCUCGUCACCACCCUGGUGUGGCACCUCCUAAAGGCUCCCCCGGAGCCGCCCACCCCGGUGCCCCCAGAGGACAGGCGCCAAUCUGUGAGCCGCCAGCCCUCCUUUACCUACUCAGAGUGGAUGGAGGAGAAAGUCGAAGAUGACUUCCUGGACCUGGAUCCGGUGCCCGAGACUCCUGUGUUUGACUGCGUGAUGGACAUCAAGCCUGAGGCUGACCCUGCCUCACUGACCGUCAAGUCCAUGGGUCUGCAGGAGAGGAGGGGCUCCAAUGUCUCCCUGACCUUGGACAUGUGCACCCCGGGCUGCAAUGAGGAAGGCUUCGGCUAUCUCGUGUCCCCACGUGAGGAGUCAGCCCACGAGUACCUGCUCAGUGCCUCCCGCGUCCUCCGAGCAGAGGAGCUCCAUGAAAAGGCCCUGGACCCUUUCCUGCUACAGGCCGAAUUCUUUGAAAUCCCCAUGAACUUUGUGGAUCCAAAAGAGUACGACAUCCCUGGGCUGGUGCGGAAGAACCGCUACAAAACCAUCCUUCCCAAUCCUCAUAGCAGAGUGUGUCUCACCUCGCCCGACCCUGAUGAUCCUCUGAGUUCCUACAUCAACGCCAACUACAUCCGGGGCUACGGUGGAGAGGAGAAGGUAUACAUCGCCACACAGGGACCCAUUGUCAGCACGAUCGCUGACUUCUGGCGCAUGGUGUGGCAGGAGCACACGCCCAUCAUUGUCAUGAUCACCAACAUUGAGGAGAUGAACGAGAAAUGCACUGAGUAUUGGCCAGAGGAGCAGGUGGUGCAUGACGGCGUGGAGAUCACUGUGCAGAAAGUCAUUCACACAGAGGAUUACCGGCUACGACUCAUCUCCCUCAGGAGUGGGGCCGAAGAGCGAGGCCUGAAGCAUUACUGGUUCACAUCCUGGCCGGACCAGAAGACCCCAGACCGGGCUCCCCCACUCCUGCACCUAGUACGGGAGGUGGAAGAGGCAGCCCAGCAGGAGGGGCCCCACUGUGCCCCCAUCAUCGUCCACUGCAGUGCAGGGAUCGGGAGGACCGGCUGCUUCAUUGCCACCAGCAUCUGCUGCCAGCAGCUGCGGCAGGAAGGUGUGGUGGACAUCCUGAAGACCACAUGCCAGCUCCGUCAGGACAGGGGUGGCAUGAUCCAGACGUGUGAGCAGUACCAGUUUGUGCACCACGUCAUGAGCCUCUAUGAGAAGCAGCUGUCCCGCCAAUCCCCAGAAUGACCACACUUCUCUUCCAAGGUCCAACUGGGUACUGCCCAGCCAGAGUCUGGGCCCUCACUACAGUCAUCCAGGGCCUUACUUGGGUCUGGCCUGCUCCCCUGAUCCUAUCUGUCCCUCUUCCUUCUCUUUGAUCUGCUCCCUCCCUCCUCUAUUAGCCUGGCCUGGCCCCUACCCCCAGCAUAGCUCUUCCUUCUGUACAUAUUGGGGAGUGUGGCAGGGUGGGGGAGGAAUGUGCCAGGCCAGGCCUGGGGCCCCAGGGCCUGACCCACCAUGCAGACCUGGGGCCUCAGUUUUUAAUGAUGGUUCCAUUGCUAUUUGAUCCAAAAUGUUUCCAUGCCUCACUCCAAGUGUCCUCCUGCUGCAGUGUGUUCUGUCUGUCCAUCCAUCUCUGCUGUCUAUACCGGACACUGUGUCUCCUCAGCCCAGGAAAGGAGUAAUGAGCUCCAGCCCCUAAGCAGCCCAGGCAGAGGUGCCUGCCUCAGGCCCCCAUUCCCACUUCUCCCAACAGGCAAAUUGCAUUUUGCACCCAGUUACUGGUACCAGUAGAUAGAGGAUGGGGCUGACAACAUGGAGGCCAGGCCUGGGGAGCUCCUGAGGGUUUGGCAGAGAUCCCAGCUAGGGAAGGUCUCUGGGUUGGGAUGGGCGUCACAGCCAGGGUGACCUCUUGGUGUCACAUGCCCUCAGGAUUCAU